CCACCACCUCUAUUCUCAUCAUGGAUCCGACGAAGCCCAGCAGCAGCGUCUCCUCGCGCUUCGUGAGCCAGACGGAGCUGGAAGAGGCCCAGAAGCGCCGAAAGGAGGAGAUCCGCGCGACGUACGCCCGCAUCGGGCAGGAGCCGCCGCCCGAGGAGGAGGCCGAAGCGCCCUACGACCCUCGCUCCCUCUACGAGCGGAUACAAGCAAACAAAGACGCAAAGCAGGAGGCCUUUGAGGCCCAGACGAAGCUCUCGGCCCAGUUUCGCGGGAUAGACGACGCCGAGUCGGCCUUUCUCGAGCAGGUCGCGCGUGAAAAGAGGGACGAAGCGAGAAAAAAGGACGAAGAGGUCAGGAGGGAGCUCGAGGAAUACAGAAAGGUGAUUCGGGAGAAGGAGGAGGAGGACGAGAGAAAGAGGUUGGCGGUGGCCGAGGCUGCAGCAAAGAAAAAGAAGGACGAGGAGGCCGCCGCGGCCGCUGCACCAACGGCAAGCGCAGGCCAGCCAGCGAGCAGCAAGGCAAAGGGCAAGAGAAAACGAGAAGGAUUACUGGGCAUCGUCAGGAAAAAGCCUGCCACGGAAGCAGCGCAAGCGAAGGAGCAAGCAGCACCAGAGAAGGGGCAGGGAAGUCCGAAGGCAGGGGCACUCGCCGAGAGCAAAGACAAGGCUUCUGCAUCAAAAGAGCAACAACAAACAAAAGAAGUCACGAAUGGGGAAGCGGAAGGGUCGUGACAGGCUCAGUAACCCAGCUUCUCGACUGACUUGCAUCUCAACCAUCUCGUGACGUAUCUACGGGUCGUUAAUAAACAGAAUGUACUGUA